UUUAAACUUGAUACCAAAAAGAAGAAGUGACGUGUAGUGACGAAACGUUUUUGGUGCUAAAUAAAUAUUUUUUUUUAUUAAUCGCGAUAUGUUCAAAUUUUAAUUGAUAUAAUUUACAUUAUUCGUAUUUUUACUAUUAAACAAGUUAGUUACAAAAAUGCAACAAUUACAACGUCGUUAUCUAUUAAUCAUAAUUUUGUGUUGAUGACGUUUUUGAAAUUUAAAACACCCUCCCUAUUUAUAAUGUAUAAUAAAAAUAAGUGAUGGCAACAAUUUUUUAUAAUGGAAUUUAUCGAAAUGAUAAAAACCCCAAAAUUAGACGGUGUAAUUUUACAUAGCCCUUUGGAAAGCCCAAUAGAUUGUAGAUUAUGUAUAACAGGACACCAUUUGAUAAUUUCAUCUAAAAAAGAGGACGCUCAGGAAUUGUGGUUGUUGCAUCAAAGUAUAGAUUCUGUAGAAAAAAAAGUUUCUGGUAACAACACCGCUCAAUAUGGGGGCUCAAUAUUACUAAAAUGUAAAGAUUUUCGAAUUUUACAACUAGACAUACCUUAUCCAGAAGAUUUCCAAAACGUUUUAAUCUCCAUCCAACGUUUGUCUAAUCUGGAAAAACCCGAACUUCUGUAUCCAUUCUUUUAUAGACCUAUGUAUAGUAUAUUAGAAGACGGUCAUACACUUUUCGACUUGGAAAUAGAAUUCACUAAAUUAAUUGCUGGGGAUGAAUGGAGAGUCUCACAUGUUAACAGAAACUUCAACGUUUGUGGUACUUACGGUAGUACUUUAAUUGUACCAAAGAGUAUAGAUGAUGAAACAAUUGUAGCAUCAGCUAAUUUUCGAGAUGGCGGGCGUUUCCCUUGUUUAAGUUAUAGGCAUGAAAAUGGCACGGUGUUACUUAGAAGUAGUCAACCAAUGUUAAAUAAUUCGAACCGAAGGUGCAAAGCCGACGAAAGGAUCUUAAAUUCAAUUUUAGGUCCUUAUAAAAAGGGGUAUAUUAUAGAUUUAAGGAGUACUGCUUAUAUUAAUUAUUGUAAAGGAAAAGGGGGUGGUACAGAGCCGGAUGGUUAUUACAAUCAAUGGAAAAAAGUUUUUAGGCCUAUGGAUAAAAUUUCUAAAUGUGAUGGUUCUGUUUUGGAACAUUUAUCAAAAUUUAUUGAUGCUUGUUACGAUAUAGGAUCAUCAGAAAAAUGGAUAUCUAAAAGUAGUAAUUGGUUAGGACACAUACAAAAUUCUUUAAAUGUGGCUUGCCUUGUAGCCCAAUGUUUAGAUAAAGACGGUGCUUCGGUGCUUGUGCACGGCACCAACGGGCAAGAUAGUACAUUAAUCGUUACCUCUUUAACUCAAGUUAUCUUAAAUCCGGAUUGUAGGACGAUUAGAGGUCUUCAAGCUCUAAUUGAAAGAGAAUGGUUGCAAUCCGGUCAUCCGUUUCAUACCAGACAUCAGAAAUUCUGUUUUUCCGGUACGAAAACCAAAGGAAUUCAACCUAGUUUUUUAAUAUUUCUCGAUUGUGUUCAACAAUUGCAUUACCAAUUUCCGAAUAGUUUCGAAUAUAAGACUGACAUGUUGAUUUUAAUAUUCGAACAUUCUUAUUUCAGUCAAUUCGGUACGUUUUUAUGUAAUUCAAAAUGCGAAAGGAACAAUGUUGAUUUAUUUAAAAAAACUACAAGUUUGUGGUCUUAUUUAAAUCGACCUGAUGUUUUGACUUCUGUUUUAAAUCCCAGUUACGAGCCUAAUAAAUCGCCGAUUUGGCCUAGUGUAGCCCCUGUUAGUAUAGUUGUUUGGUCUGAUCUCUAUUUUAGGUGGUUAAUAGACCAAGAACAACAAAAAAAGGCCUUAAUUAAAAUACAAAAUUUGAUUCAACAAAGCAAAGAUCUCAGAAAUACUGCCGGGAAAUUGAGGAAACAAUUGUUUGAUAAAAUCAAAGAAUUUCAAUGUAUGCAAGAAGAAUUGAAAGAAGAAGAUUGAGUCCUGUUAAUUAUUUUUUUACAAAAAAGUAACCUAAGAAUCUCUUUGAAAAAAUAACAAAUAUAAAUUCCAUAUCACUUAUAUAUAGGGUUAUUCCAUAUGAAAUCAACUAAAAAAAAAAAAUUCUUAUAUAUCUCGGAAUCUGCCUUUUUGAGCAACAUUGUAUUUUGUUGCUAUAAUUUCUUCAACCUGGAAUAUAGUCGAAAUACGGAAAGCUUGAAAGCUAAAAAUUUUAUCAUUUACAUGGUAUCGUGAGCUACAACACUUAUUUAUUCAAGAAUAAAAGUCUUUUCUUUCCAAACAACAAAAUUAUCAACCAACAGAUCUAAAUUGUCAUCAUUAACAACAAUUUUUAACUAAUAUUUUUUGUAAACCUCAAUCAUUUCAAAGCAAUUUGGCAACGUCGAUGUGUACGACAUACGUUCAUAUCGAAAGAUCAUAGAUAAAAUAAUUCAAUAGAAACUGAUUAUCUCUGUUUUGCAAGACUUGUCUGACUGAUUGGAAUUGCAAUUGCUGUCAUUUAAUCUUCUUUUUCCUCGAUCUUUUAUUAUUAUAGAUAUAAAGGUAAUUGUUAACGAAUCUCAAAAAUGACAGUUGGUUUAAAAGUUAAUACUGGGAUGUGUAGUGUGGUGUAAUUACGACUGAUUGGGAUUGUAGAUAUUAGCUUUGUUCGGGGGUCAAAUUCCUUAUCAGUUUAGGACGGAUCGCAUUCGCAUUGUUAAAAUUGUUGAUUCUGGGGACUGAAUAUAGACUCUUGAACGUAUGCAAUGGAUCCUAAACUUAUUCGGAAUUUGACACGCGAACAAAGCUAUUCACUGGUAUCUUUCGAUACUGGGAAUAAUCUAUUAUCUAAAUGAUAUUAGCAGGGAAACUAAAAAUUGCGAAAACUAGGUUAAAGUAGAAUUUGUGACAUUCGAACAGUGAAAAAAUAAAGGAAAUUUUAUAAAUUCGUCAACAGUAUUAUUGGAAGGUAAUAGAAUUUAAAUAUUUAGACGUUUUAUUACUUUCAUCAAGUGAUUGUUAGCUUGUUUUUUAAAUUUUGUUGGAUAUUGGGUUAAGUACAUACUUAAAUAUAAUAAUAAUAACCUAUGAAGCACUCAAUUAUUAUUAAUUAUAACUCGAUAGUCUACUAACUUUGAAUUUUCGGAAAAAAAUUGAUUUUAAACAAUAAUUUUUAUAACAAAAUUUAUUGUGUUGCUUAUCAAAAGAAAGGGAAUUUAAAACUAAGUGAAAUGAGUUUCUCAAUUAGGUGUUUUCAAAAUAUGAAUUUAACAUUGUUUACAGCAAAUUUCAUAAAAUUCUGUAUUGAUUUGAUAUAGAAUGACCUUUAAGUCAAUUGAUUUUGUAUAUAAAAAGUAUUUCUAUAUUAUAUAAUCAGUGCUAGUCAUUAAUGAAUCUACUAGUGUGAUAUUUAACAUGUUUAUCAUAUCUCAAAAAGUGUAUUGUUUAUUAUGUUUUGUAGGAAUAAUCUACUCUAUAAUGUUUUAUCUAUAAAAUUUUAUUUAGUUUUGGGUUGAGAGAAAAGUAACUUUUUUGGAUAUGGAUAACUCGAAAAGUAAAUAACGAUACGAUACGUAUAUUAAAAUGAAAAUAAGUCAAUUGAAUAUCGAUUCUGGUAAAGAAAAAUAUUCAAAAAUUUGAAUUUAUAUAGUUUUUAAUAUAUUAAAACAAUUUGUAUUUUUUUUUUUGUUGAAUAAAACAAUAUGGAC